UUUAAGUCUUAUUUAAAAUUGCUAUAUUAAGCUUUAUUUUGCCCCUUUACCAAUCCAAUACUAAAUUCCUAAUAAUCUCAACCUAUCAUGGCUCCUAUCUGAUUAUCAUAUUUAAUUAUUAAAUCAAAGGAUUCAGCUUUUAUUACCCAAUUCAUCAUAUUAUUUUAUCAUUUGUUGCUACGCACAUGUUGUAUUACCGCGCCAGAAGAUUAUUCACCUUAGCAAUAUAUCAAUAAAGUUACUAUUACUCCCUUUUCAUUUUAGUAAUAAUAAUCUUAAAAAUAAUUAAUUAUAAAUACUAAACCAAAUAAAUAAAAUUGUAAAUGAAAACAAAAAGUGGCCAGAAACAAAACUCCACCACAGACAAUAUUCAUGACAGUUUUUUGAAAAAGUGACAAAAACCGAGCGCAAAUUACAAAAAAUCACUGAAUUAUUUUUUAAUCUCGGAAAUAUUUAAAGUGCAGAAUAAUGAACGUUUACAUUAGUUAGAAAAGUGUGCUUUAUAUCGAACGCUAAAUAAUGAGUGCAUAUUUUCUUUGUUUAGAUUUUGUUAACGUUUGAUAAUAAUAAUGUAUACUUUGAAGGGUAUCUUCCCCGAACCAAGUAAGUUCGUUACAUUCAAUUUCACACUAAAUAGAAUUGCUGUCAUGGCCAUCUCUUUUAUUUGUUGUCGUCGUUGUGCUUUCUACUUGUCUAGUAUGAAUUAACUCGGCAAUUUCAACUAUUCAUACACAACUGUCAUGGCAAUUUCAGUUAACAAGACAUCGAUGUUUAUUCUGAUGCAUUUGUAGGUCAUCUGAAACUGCUUACCUAAAUUUUAAUUCAAGAAAUUCAUAAGCAAAAUUAUUUUUAUAGAGAAAGAACAGAAGAAGAACUUCAUCAAAGAAAACAUGAAGCAACUAAAAUAUAUUCAAAGCAAAUCUCCUAAAGAACCGAAAUAUAAUACAAAAAAUGUCCAUCCACCGCGGCUGACGAACCCCAUCGCAGCUGGAAGCUCCCUUGGUCAAGUUAAGUCAUCACCUUCAAAUAAGAGUGGAAAGACAUCAAUCAACAUUGCAAAGACUAGCUCUACAAGCACUCGUAAAAAAAUGGCCGAUAUACGCAUCAAAAAAGGUGAUAUGGCAGAAUUUCUCAAAAGAAAAGAGUUAAGGCAGUCUAAACCAAUUGAAGACUGUACAGAUGAAGAAGUUCAGUCAUCAGAGUCAACAGGACGCCUCCGAGACAUUGGCUGUCAAACAGUAGAGUCUAAUCUUGCUCAGAAACUAGCUGAGAGUGCAAAGUUAACCAUGUUGUAUCCUAAGAAAGAGGGUGAAGAUACUGAAGCUAAAAUGAAAGCCAGUGGAGACACUGGUCACCCUAGAAGUCCACCUCCAUCUCAGACUCCACGCCGGGCUGGUGAUGAUAAUAAUAUAAUAGACAUUGAAAGAAAUCGUAGUAGGUUAAACGCCAUUUUGGAGAGAAAAGACACCAAGGAUCCUUACUUACCAUCAGGUUACCAAAAGGGUGUGUUACCAAAAUACUUACGUGAACGAAAGGAACAGGGGCCAAAGGAGGGAGAGGGUGGCAGGCUGGAAGAAGAUCACUCUGUGUGUCCUCCUGGACAUGUUACACUCCCUGAUACUGAACGUAAAGAAACAUUGAGGAUGCUUAGAAAUAGUUUUGCAGAGUUAGUAAGUGAACUGAAUAAAUUGCCAGUAAAAACAGAUACGCUUAAAAUGCGUAAUAGAAAAAUGGAAUUAGAAAAACAAUUAGCAAAACUUGAGGAAGGAAUCAAAGUGUUUUCCCGACCCCAGGUGUUUGUUAAAAUAGGAGAAUGAGUAGCCUGUAUUUUUUCUGAGUCAAAACUUGUAAAUUUGUGGUAUUCCUCUAGACAGUAUAGUGCAGUCAGAUUUAUGCAUAAUGGUUUGUUAUAUGAGCAAAAUAUUGCAUCUGAUAAACUAUUAAACAUGCAAUACAUUUUCAAUCCUGC